AUGGUUUCAGCAGAGAACCUCAACUUUGACGUCCUCGACUUGAUCUUCUCUUAUCUUUCUGGCCAAGAUCUCGCGUCCAUCGCGCUGGUCAGCCGAACCUUUCUCGCUGGUGUCCUACCGUCGUUGUACAGAAAUGUCUGGUUUCGACUUCGUGAAGGAAAGGCAUAUGCAGCGGGUCAAGUUAUAUCGCCGUUUGCUGUCAUCUUGAAGCAUCCUAAUCUGGGAGCCUAUGUUCGAAGCAUCGACAUCGAAAGCGUACCGUACAGCAUUUCAAACCACAUAACCCGGCAACCACAUCCUACCUUCAUGAGGGAAUGUGCAAAGGCAAUGGCCCAAUGUCGAAACCUGAUGACCUUCAAAUGCAGUCUCCCAAACGUCGUCCCCUCGUUCCUCACCUCCCUCCAGAGCAAGCAGCGGCUGACGACGUUGAGGAUAUACGCGAGCCUGACGACGGAGCAGACGAGGCUGCUGAGCAAGAUCCAGGGCGUGGAGAACUUGGUGCUGGAGUUUGCGUCGUGGAAUGUGAUUGAUGCGUUGCCGCGGUGGGUGGAGAAUGGUUUGUCCAAGUCGUUAAGGUCUCUGGCGUUUUAUAUGACCAAUGAACUCAACACGGAGACACUUGAGAGGAUCUUGGAGCAGGUCCCGGAAUUGGAGGGUCUUCAUGUCAUGAGCUGCGCCCGAGUGGACCAUGCAGCGACACUUAAGCUGCUCAAGUACACACCCGAGUUGGAGCAUCUGUCCAUGUCUGUUACAGAGAAUAUUGGCGCGCUGCCACUUUUGCCACCGACAUUAAGCAACCUGCGCUCGCUCUGCAUCGACGCCAAGUACUCCCGCGCCAACUCACCCGUCCCCGGCAUUCUCCAGACGAUCCUGGACUACUUCAAGGGCUCGGCCUGCCAACUCUCCUCCUUCUCAUUGAAGAUGCCCGACCGCAAGAUCGGCGUGGGCCAUCCCUUUGUCAAGAACUUACUGGAGAUGUUUGGAUCAUCCCUGAAGCGAAUGGCCUUUAUUGACUGUCAUCUGGAGUUUGAGUCGUUGCGGCUUAUGAGCAAGAAGUGUGUGCAGCUGGAGAGGUUGACGGUUGUGGUGCCCCCGAAAGACAUCUACUCGUUUACGGACGCGCUCAAGCCUUCGAAGUCCUUGAAGACUCUCAUCAAUCUCGACAAUAAUCACCAUGUACAUGGAGUACGCCCUCCCAUCAACCAAGAGAACGUGGAACACAUGUUCGAAUGCAUCACUUCUCUCCACACAGUAGUCAGUGACAAGCGGGUAUGGGUGCGAAAAGAGCUGGGGCAUGGUUAUGUCCAUGCCAAAAUCGAAAGGCGAUUACCUCCCGGGCCACGUUCGCUGUGGUUCUUACCUUCUUCGAGCAAGAUUUGA